CAAUCCGUUCCCCGCUGCGCUCGUUUCUCCUCCCUCCCCCGCCACUUUCUUACUGGCCGCCGCGGAGAGUCCAGUGUAUGUGCGGUAAUAACAUGUCCGCGCCGCUGCCCGCCAUCGUCCCGGCCGCCAAGAAGGCCACCGCCGCGGUCAUAUUUCUCCAUGGAUUAGGAGAUACAGGGCAUGGGUGGGCAGAAGCAUUUGCAGGUGUCAGAAGCCAGCACAUAAAGUAUAUUUGUCCACAUGCGCCAGUUAUGCCAGUUUCACUAAACAUGAACAUGACCAUGCCAUCUUGGUUCGAUAUUAUUGGACUCUCUCCAGAUGCACAGGAAGAUGAAGCUGGUAUCAAACAAGCAGCAGAAAAUGUGAAAUCACUUGUAGAGCAAGAGGUAAAAAAUGGAAUUCCCUCACACCGAAUAAUCCUGGGAGGAUUUUCUCAGGGAGGUGCUCUAGCACUGUACACAGCUCUCACAACGCAACAGAAACUAGCAGGCGUCUUAGCACUCAGCUGCUGGCUUCCACUGCGGACCACAUUUCCACAGGGCUCCAUUAAUUGUGUCAACAAAGAUAUUCCCAUUCUCCAGUGCCAUGGUGACUGUGAUCCUUUGGUUCCACUGAUGUUUGGAUCUCUUACUUCUGAGAGGCUAAAGACCAUGAUAAAUCCUGCCAAUGUAACUUUCAAGACUUAUGCAGGCAUGAUGCAUAGCUCAUGUAUUGAGGAAAUGAUGGAUGCGAAGCAGUUUAUUGAUAAGCAUCUACCUUCAGUUGACUGAAUGAAGCUUCUUGAGAGGCCUUCUCUUUAAAUGCACCAGCAUCAUCUGUACUAGAUUGUUACUUUUCAUGCAGCCAGUCCUGAAGCAUUUCUGUGCCUACAGUGUUAAAUCUAUUAAAUGUACCAACAGUAAUGACUAGAUAGCAUAACUUUAUGAGGAAUGAUGCUCUUUCCAGACUUCAUUUGCCAUGGUGUAGAUAUAAGGCAAGGGAAAUGGAAUAUAAUUAAGUAUACUUUUCCAUGCUUGAUUGCUCCAAAUUUAAAAUUGUCCCUUCAUAAUGUGGAAGACCUCUGGUUUUAAUGAAUGGUUCAGGUGAGAACAAUUUGGUAUGUUCAACACCUAUUUUAUUACUGCUUGUUAAAUUGACAUUCAUAUAUCAUACAUGCAGUAUGUAAAACCAAUAAGCAUGCAGUAGUAGAAUUAUUCUUAAUGAGGGUUAAAUUUAAUCAAUAUUAUUGCAUGUGCAACAGAAGACUUCCUGUCUUUACUUAUCUCUACUGUGAGCCUAGCAGUAUCUAAUAUCUGGAGAGAAGAAUGCAACUGCCCUUAAGAUGAAUUACAGUAUUUCUUGUGAUAAAUCGGGGUGGGGGUGGGGAUUCAGUAUGUUGAAAGUCUUUAUGAUGAGUUGGAUCCUGGAGAAAAUUUCCUCUAACAAGAUGGUGGGAGAACUUUUAUUGUCCCCCCCCCGCCCCCGCAGACCUCCAUCACCCUCCUCAUGCUGUUACCAGAAGCACAGGAUCAUUUGGGGUCUCAAUGGAAGGGGGAGUCAUGGAAGCCUUGUUCUGUUGAUGGAAUGCUUUCCAUCAGUAGAGAUAAAAAGAGAUUUACCAAAGGAUCUAAGCCCAUCUGAGUAUUUACCGUGUUGUAACACUUCAGUCCUCAAAAAUCCUUGUAAAAUUUUUAGCUGAUAUUUGACUUACUGAAAAUGUAUUUUAUGAACUAGCAGUGAACAAGCAAUUUGCUUAAAACCUUUCGUAUUUUGCUCACCCUUAGUCCCAAACAACAACUAUUAGCAAAUGUCUGACAAAGAAAUAUUCUCUCUUGUAACUUGCCAAAAUAUAUGCCACCUUAAUAUAUGCAAAUAAUUCAGAAGAUGCUUUCUGUGUUACCCCUUCCCUUAGUAACUUAUAUAAAGUGUGCUUCAAAAUUCUUCUGGUAAUAAGAUACUGAAAACAGUAUUGCAGAUUUGGCUGUAUGGAUUUUGGAUAUGUGUGUGGCAGAGGGAGAACAUCCUGCUUCCUAGGCCAGCACCAGGGUCCUGUUUUGCAAUUGCCUUAGCAUUUCAUUGCUGUUACAUAUCUAAUUACCUUACUGAUGUUGCAGUUAUUGUUUAUGGGGGUUUUCUAUUGCCUGUUUUGUUGAUACAUAUGUUUUAAUUUCCCUUUGCUUAAGACAUACAAUCAAUCAUAUCAAAUCUUUAAUUAGUAACACUUGGUGCUGAGGUGCUUCCCAGAACUUAAUCCUGCCUGAAAAAUGGCACUUCUGCCUACUUUUGCCCUGCUUUGUGAAUCACAUUCCUUGAAUUUUGCUAGAGUUUAUGUAGUCUCCCAACUUGAGGCCACUUUGAUACAUCAGCAGAAGCAAUUGGUUCCUGUUCUCAAGUUUCUGAUCUCCUAAAUAUAAUUUUUUAAAUUGCUGCAUGCACCCACAAUGAAGCAGUCACAGGUUUGAUCUACUAGUCAACAUGCUGCCUUCCUAAGUAUCACAUGGGAUGGGGUAACUGUUUUUGUAAUCAAAGCCUUUUCCAGUAUUUCAGUGUUUGGAUAUCUGCAAGAGUUGGCAUACACUUGAAUAUGGAACCAAUGUGACUUUCCUCAGUGCUUGUACCGUUUAGUGGUGAAUGACUAUUCUAUGUAAGUAUUGGUUUCCAGUGGAAGAAGGCAAUUGAUAUUACUUAUUCAGUCAUGGGGGAAUAUGUGAAAGCCUUCCAAACCUUGCUUUAUUGACUGGUUGGUGUACUAAAAGUAUUUUGGGAAUAUUCACUUACUAGAUCACUAGCGAUUCUUAAAUCAGUCAUGCAAAUAGAUGAUGUGCUUUACAGAAAGUUAUGGCUUUUAUCAACAUGAAUAUGAAACUACUAAAACAGUAGUAGUUUCCCCCACAACAGAUGUUGAUGUCUUCUAAUAUUUUGCCUAAAAUUUCAAAGAUGUUGAAAAAUCAAAAUAUGAUAUCCAGUAUUAACUUUAUUUGGGUGGUUAACUGCCAAAUUGGUAAGACAGUUCUAUCAUAGCCCAAAUGCUAUAGCUGCAUAGGCAAAACUACUGGUGUUCCGGGGAGUUUUAUCCCUGAGAGGAUGUAACCUUUAGCUUUUUCUUCAGUAUUGUAUAAUGUCAAUGCAGUGAAUUGCAGAAGGAGUACAGUACUCUAACUUGCAUUUUAGAUUUGUUUGCCUCAAUGAAGUGUGUUGUACUUCAUUAAACUAUAAAAUGCAUCUUUUUAUAAAUAGGUGCUACUGAAAAUAAAAUGAAUAUAGUUUUAAGAAUGUAUUGUAAUAGGAUGUUGACAAAGCCAUAUGUGUAGGCUGGGGUAUUUUAUAAACAUCUUUAAUUUGGCUUUCCUUUAUCCUCAGGUGUAGAAAUACACAUAGUUAAUAUAAAAAUCAAGAUGUUACCUUAUAGUUUAUGGUAGCAAGUCUGUUAUUGAAAUGGCUUUCUUGUAGUUCAAUUGUAAAUCCUUCUGUUACUGUGAAAUAAAUUGUGAACAAUC